AUGGGAUUGACAACGCGCCCGUCAUGGACUUGGCGUAAUGCGUGCCGUGCGCUCUUUUUUCCGUUUGUAAAGAGUACGCGGGGUUUGUUUCCAGCACUGGUUCAACUAGGUAUGGGCCUCUGGACUUCUUGGCCUCCUAUGUUUCCUGGCGAUAACAUUUGGUAG